AGACCGGGCUCCGAUCAGACCUCAAUGUGGGCAACUCCCUCAUCUACUUUUACUCUGUCUUCUCAAAAUCGGACCAUGCGCGCAAAGUGUUCGAUGAAAUGGUUGAUAGGGACGUUGUCUCCUGGACCAGCCUCGUCAAAGGCUACGCGAAUGGCGGGGAGCUGGGAGUUGCAAGACAACUGUUCGAUGAGAUGCCGUCUCGGAAUGCUGUCUCAUGGACGGUCAUGAUUGCGGGGUAUGUCAACCGUGAAAUGUAUGCGGAUGCAUUGCGAUUUUUCAACGGUAUGUUGACCGAAGCAAAGGAGGCGCCAAACGAAGCAAUACUCGCGUGUGUCUUAUCCGCUUGCGCUCAUCUUGGCGCGUUGGAGCAAGGGAAAUGGGUUCAUGCUUGCGUUGACAGGACCAAGCUGCUGCCAAAGAGCUCCAACCUCGCCACUGCUUUAAUCAACAUGUACUCGAAAUGUGGAAGAAUCGAAUCCGCCAAGCAAGUGUUUCAUAAUUCUUCCACACGGGAUGUGAUGACGUGGACGAGCAUGAUAUCUGGGCUUGCACUUCAUGGGCUUGGCAAUGAAGCAUUGCUCCUUUUUCAUCAAAUGGUAGAGGAAGGAAUUAGGCCCGAUAGCGUCACGAUCCUUGGCGUGCUCAAUGCAUGUAGCCACUCGGGGUUAGUGGAUGAGGGCCAUGCUCUAUUCUAUAAAAUGACUCGAAUGUGGAGACUGGAGCCUCAGAUCGAACAUUAUGGGUGCUUGAUUGAUCUCCUUGGCCGAGCAGGACAGCUGGAGAAAGCAGUGGCGAUAGUCAUCAAGAUGCCGAUUGAGCCUGAUAUAGUCAUAUGGAGGGCUUUGCUUAGUGCUUGUAGAACUCAUGGCAAUGUUCAGCUCAGUGAGCAUAUAAUAGAUCACAUUGCAAGGCUGGACCUCGGCAGUCAAGGUGGGGGCCAUGUACUCCUCUCAAAUCUGUAUGCAUCCGUUGGUCAAUGGGAUAAGGUCGCCAAAGUGAGGGGGAAAAUAGGGGAGGAGUGCAACGGGUCCAGCCCUGGAUGUAGUUGGAUAGAGGUUGAUGGGGUAGUUCAUGAAUUCUUGGCUGCCGAUAAACUACACCCACAAAUCGAUGAGAUAAGGGGUAAGCUGGCUGAGGUGUUGAGAGAGCUGAGUGUCAAGGGAGGAUACAUUGUGAAUACUAAGAAUGUGUUAUUUGAGUUGAGUGAUGAAGAUAGAGAGCAGGCGAUGUACUGGCACAGUGAGAAGUUGGCAGUUGCAUUCGGGCUGAUGAGCUUGGGAUCAGGGCGUAGCAUUAGAAUUGUGAAAAACUUGAGGAUAUGUGAAGAUUGUCACUCGGCAAUGAAAGCUAUUUCUCAUGUAUACAGGACGGAGAUUGUUGUCAGGGACCGGUCUCGAUUUCACACUUUCAGUGAGGGUAGUUGCUCAUGUAAUGACUACUGCCUGAGCCCCAAAUCCAUGUACCAUCCCAUACAUGAGAGAAGUUAUGCAGUGAUCUUGAUAAUUGGCCAUGGGAGCUGCGUAUUCCUAGAUCUAUGCGAGAUAUAAAGAUCUGAAGAUCACUGGUACAUUAAUCCAAGUUCCUUUGAUAAUAUUAGUCCUAGUUGAGGGUGACGUGGAGGAGGUCCAACCACCAUGCUUACUAGGCAUGAAAAUAUCUGGAGGAGGUCCGCAUCCAUGUACCAUCUCAUACGUUGUGAAUACUAGGAAUGUGUCAUUUGGGUUGAGCGAUGAAGAUAGAGGGCAGGCGAUGUACUGGCACAGUGAGACGUUGGCAGUUGCGUUCGGGCUGAUGAGCUUGGGAUCAGGGCGUCGCGUUAGAAUUGUGAAAAACUCGAGGAUAUGUGAAGAUUGUCACUCAGGCGUUGAAAGCUAUUUCUCAUGUAUACUGGACGGAGAUUGUUGUCAGGGACCGGUCUCGAUUUCACAGGCAGUUGCUCAUGUAAUGACUACUGUUUUUUAGCCCGAGCCCCAAAUCCGUGUACCAUCCCAUACAUAUGAGAGAAGCUAUGCGGUCAUGGGAGCUGUGUAAUCCAUGUUCCUUUGAUAACAUUGGUCGUCCUAGUUGGGAGUGACGUGGAGGAGGCCCAACCACCGUGCUGACUGGGCAUGGAAAUAUCUGGAAAAAUCACAAAACAAUAAAAGGUGUCAUCCAAUCUCCCAUCGCUUUUAGAUCACGGAUGGGCCCCAGCAGAUCCCCUCCCCCGCACAUAGAACUUUCUAGAAACAACCUAUCUAAUUGUUGGUUGCUGACGAAUGGGUCAGCAGCCCCCGAUGUAGAACUUUCUCAAAAAAAAAAAAAAAUCUUCCUCAAAAAAGGAAAAGCUCGCUCAGCUGUGACCCCAUUAAUCCCUAUCCAGAACUUUCGUCUGCUCCCCCUAUAAAUAGUGCAAGCUCCGGGUGCCAGCUCACACAGUUCACUCCGCCCCCAAGCAGAGAACGAGACCGACCAGAGAAAUAGACCCUUCGGUUAAAUUCAAGCCUUGCCCGUUCUUUUGAUUUGAACUUUAAAAGUUUAAAAAAAAUGGAGCAUUUGGUGGUGGUGAAGGAUGAAGUGGAGGAGGAGGAGGAGGAGGAGGUGGUGGAGAUUGUUGUGAGCCCAAGGCCCAUCGAAGGCCUGCAUGAGACGGGCCCUCCUCCGUUCUUGAGCAAGACAUUUGAGAUGGUGGAGGACCCAGAUACCGAUCCGGUGGUAUCUUGGAGCCGAGGGAGGAACAGCUUCAUCGUCUGGGAUUCUCACAAGUUUGCGAGCACUCUUCUCCCUAAAUACUUCAAGCACUGCAACUUCUCUAGCUUCAUUCGCCAGCUCAACACUUAUGGUUUCCGAAAGGUUGAUCCAGAUCGAUGGGAGUUUGCGAACCAGAGGUUUUUAGGAGGUCAGAAACAUCUCCUGAAGGGCAUCAAGAGGCGCCGGAAUAUCCAUCAUUCUUCUCAUCAUCCUCAUCACCAGCAGCAAGGAGCCCAUAUCCAACCUGCGCAAACAAGCGAGGCCUGUAUCGAAUUGGGAGAGUUUGGGCUCGAAACAGAAGCAGAACGCCUGAAGAGAGACCGCAACAUUCUGAUCAUGGAGAUCGCCAAGCUCAGGCAACAGCAGCAGAACUCUCGUGCUCAGGUCACCGAAAUGGAGCAACGCGUAGAAUGCACAGAGAGGAAGCAGAAGCAGACGAUGGUCUUCUUGGCCAAAGCUCUCAAGAAUCCUGGCCUUGUUCACCAGCUGUCGCUUCUCAGCAAACAGAAACAACAGCUGCUGGGAAAAGCUGCUAAGAAGAGGAGAUUGCCGCCAAACACGGGCUUUGAACACGUGCAAGAUGGUGAAGAGGUCGGAGGUGAAUUGGAGAUCGAGAACAUGAUAUCUGAGCUGGUGGGCUGCGGAGAAAGCAGUUCGAGCAGAGCGAAAAGGGAAGAGAAGGUGCUGUUGGAAUCGAGCAAUCAGAAUGCGGAUGGCAUUAGUGGAGCAAUGUGGGACGAGUUACUGAAUGAAGCUCUGCUGCCAGAAACUGGAACUGAGGUGGAGGAAUUGGUUAGGGAUACAAUUGGAGUUGUGGUGAAGGAGGGCGAUGACUAUGAGGUGGAUAUUGGCGUUGAGGUGGAGGAUUUAGUUAGCGAUACAAUUGGAUGGGGAGGUGAUAUACAAAACUUUGUGGAUGAUAUGGGAUUUCUCGAUCCUUCGCAACCUUAGAUCAAAAGAUAGAAGUGUAGUAAUGCACCAGUUAUUCUAUUUCUCUAUUUAGUUUUCGGUAUGCAAUUGUUUCUCUUGGCUACUGUUGUUAUACUUUGUUAGUAGUACUGCUGCUCCAAUUGGGUGCAAGAUUGUAACAAAAUUGGCAGGAAAAAUGCCUGAGGAAGGAUGUCAAGGUCUCUAGCUCAUUGUUUUGCAAGGUAAUGUGGUGUAUGUCUUUAAGUUGUUUUGCGUAUAAUACUUACGUUCCACGCUAUGU